AUGGCCGAAGACGAGGUGGAGAAACUUGGACCUCUUGCUCUACGGCUAGUUGAUGGACUUCGUGGAGCAAUUCUUCAAGUGGCCAGGACUUUGCCGGUGGACGAACUCGCUAACAAGGAGACAGGCGUGGAGUUCCUGCUGAAGAGCAUGACUAGUUCAUUGGCACCAAGGAACAAACAAGCAACCAGAGAUCUGUACCAAGCAGGGGCACAGUAUGGCGGCAUUCGCAGCAGACUGCGUGGAGAUUCGAUCGCCAGCUACGCUUUGAGGAGACGUGCCUGGUACAGGAUGAUGACCGACGUGGACCCGGACUUGAAGUUGCCCGAUGGAAUCUUGGCGGAGCAAUUGAUCCACGAGAAGGAGAAGGGCAGCAGUUUUGGUAAGGGCUACAAGUCCUCACCUUUCAAGGGCUUUGGAACCGGAAGUAAUCCAUCGAAGGGGAAAUGGCGCUCCUACUACGUGGAGGACGACGACAAACAGGAGUCAAGGGAGAGCGCAUCACAAUCUCUUGGCGGUUAUGAGGACAUCACCGACGACCACACUGUGUACCGUGCCGGGACUGCAGAACUCUGCGCGGAUGAGUAUGACCCCAUCCACGUUGCAUACCAAGCGAUGAAUGAUGAACGUCUGGAUGAAGAAGACCCUGAAGCGAUUGAGCAUGCGGCUGACAUCUUGCAGGCUGAGUCAGAGGCCUACCACGCGCAAUUGCACGCGCAAUCCCCUGGCCACUACGGCUUCUGGAGCAAAGGACAUGGACGUCAGUUCCAAGUCCAGGGAAGCCUCAGCCUGGAGGAGAAACGUCAGCGCGUUCAGGGGAACAAAUCCCACAAGAGAAAAGGAUCUGAACCCAAGCAGCGCGCCGUUUACUUCGCCAUAAACGAAUACGACGAGAAGACCACUGCGGAUGCUUGCAGCUACAUGGUGACGGGGGAGUUGAUGGACGCCGAGAGAACAGCGGAUGAGAUGCUGGAUGCGAUGAUUGCUCAGGCACAAGUUCAACAAGCUUAUCGAGAUCAACCUCAACGAGUUCCGAUGAUGACACCAGCUGGACAAGAUCAACGUGCUCUACAUCAAGGUCGGAGGUUGUCAACGGCCAUUCAGAUCCACAAAGACGCAUAUCAGGAGAGGAUGAGAUGGAUCGAGACCUUUUUGAGGACGAUCAUGAAGGAUCUCAACGACUACGAUGGGAGUUUGAUGACACCUUCAACUCCGACACCUUCGGAAUGUGUCCAUGCCAGAACAACAACGCAUGGAUCCAAUGACGGCACGCGCAUCACGAAGUGCAAGGACUGUGGCUUGAUCUUGCAGGAGGAGAAGCUCACGCCGUCUGAGAAGAUGAAGACGACGUCACCCAAAGAAUGCCCUCACGAAGAUCGAGACGAAAGAAGAACGACAGGACGCACUUGGAAGUGGAGAUGCAAGAGCUGUGGACACACUGCUUCUGGCGACAAGUACCUGGGAGAGAGUGCCAGGCCAGCCACUGCCAGAUCUGAGGGAUCGGCAUCACCUGUGCCGACCACACCAAUGAGGACACCGCAGGUGACACCAAGUCCGACUAUGGCGACAGCUCAUGAGGACUACGAGGUGGACAGGACCGUCGAUCUGGUGAGACAUGUGGUGGAUGUUCAACGAGAGGUGGGACAAACCAUUUUUCUCAACCAGCGGGACAAGAUCUACGACCGUGCCUACUAUGGACGCACCAACGCUGACGUCUGCUUCAAGGAGAUGAACUACCGCAAGGCGAUGGUGGCAAAGCUGAAGAACGGCUCAUUGAGCAACCCACACAUCAUCGACUUCACCAAGUAUGCAGCCCGACGACAUGAACAAGAACAUCCAGGUUCAAGCGCCUACAUGAUGACGGGGCAACCUGGACCAGCCGAAGAUGAACGCAUAAUGGCAGUCUUGGACACAGGAACGAUCACGUCGGUGGAACUUGAAGACUCUGACGCUCCUUUGCGCGCUGGUGCACAGCAACGAUUGGGUUUGGUGAUCGACAUGGGGAACCACACCAUCUACAGCCGCAAGCUUGACAAGGAGUUGGAACUGAUCAUGCACAAUGGUCUGCCUUCCAUGGCGCUUCAUCCUGGAGAGCCUGGUUUGAGCAACAUCGUGCUGAACGCCAUUGACGAGCAGCACGACAUCCAGGACAACGUCCAUGACGAUGACGGGAUCAUCAAGUAUGUGGACACGCUCUCAGAGGAUGAGAUCUCCGAGAUCAACAAAGGUGGCAGUGACUACAUGCCGAUCACAGAAGGCAAGGUCAAGAUACUGACGCGCAAGCAGCGCACACAUCUACAAGAAUCGUUGGAUGAAGUGGAGAAGGAGGAUUGCGCUAUGUGGUCUACUUUGUCACCGGACUACAAACGACCGAGAAGGAUGUUGCCGAGAGGAUGCAAGUCCUUCCUCAUGGAGAUCUUUGUUGGUGCGGCGAGAGUCUUUGUGGAAUUUCCUGAUGGAGAUGAAGACGUUGAGAUGGCAGCGGAAGAUGAAUUCUUCUUCGAAUGCGAUGAUUUGGUGAAUGAUGAGGAGGACCAACCGCCAAAGCUUGUUGCGCGGCAGUACAAGUGGCCAGUCUUUCCAGAUAAGGCUUUUGCACCAACAUCUGCGUACGCCAUCGUGCAGCCAGAGGCUGAGAAAACUUUUGUGAAAAAACAUGAGAAGUUGGAUCGUUUGGGUCGUGUUUUGCCAGGGCAAAGAACAGCAGCAAGCCGAUGGUUUGACGAGUUCAAACAAAAGAGUGAGAAACAUGGUUUGGAAUGUGAUGUCAUGCAGCCCACUUUGACGCGAAAGAACCAGCAGCCACAUGAGAAGGGCAGCAGGUUGUAUGUCACCAUCCAUGUUGACGAUUUGCUGGUGAUUGGAGAUGAGCGUGCAGCACUUACGUUUCUUCAGAAGUUUGAGGCGGAAAAAGGUUGGAAGUUGGAAAAGAAAGGCCCUUUUGGUCUUCAGGUUUGA